CCGACACCAGCGUUGCGCCCACUUUCUUUCGCCUACCCAAUCUACAGUACCAAUGCCAUGAUACUCCAGUUACAUUACCGUACUACUACGGAAAUCUCAGUUGUACAUUAGUACUGCUAAUAGUACUGUCAUAUGUCAUAUGUCAUAGUACUUGUGAUAUGCACCCUUCCGCUAACGAAGCUUUUUCCUUCUCCACCUUCGUCGAUCGCGACACCGAAACCAACACCGAAACCAAUACCAACACCAACACCAACGCUAAACAUCAUCGAGCUUCCUCCUCCACCGACCCCAUAGCUGCCAGUAGCCCUUCCGAGGAUAAUCGGAACGAACGCGACAUCUUCGGCCAUCUCCACAAACCCGGCCCCUCCCAGGAGAAUGGUCAGUCCUCCGAUUCUGGGAACGCCUCUUCCCAGGCGGGCCGCGACCAUGUCUCGGGUUAUCUCGAAGAUCAGCGAACUAAGAAACGCCGGACCGGUCCCAGCCCAAGGGGCGUAGCAAACUUAACGCCAGAGCAGCUCGCCAAGAAGAGAGCAAACGACCGGGAGGCGCAACGGGCCAUCCGCGAACGCACUAAGAAUCAGAUCGAGGCCCUCGAGAGGCGGAUACGCGAGUUAACUUCACAACAACCAUAUCAAGAGCUUCAGGCCGCUAUACGGGCCAAGGAGGCUAUCGAGGCUGAGAAUGCCGAAAUUAAAGGCCGGCUGGCCUCUGUCUUAUCCCUAAUACAACCUAUAUUAUCUAACCAACAAGUCGAUGGAGCCUACGCAUCUCCUACCCCUAUUAUCACGCCAGCUCAGACUGCGCAGCGUUCGCCCUCGGCCCCUACUAGUUACAAUGCUUCGACACCCGUGAGCGCUGCGUCUCCUUCCGCAGCAGACACACCAUCCCAGGCACAAUCACAAUCACAAUCACAGGCUCAUCCAAGUCCGCAUUUUACCCAGGUAAUGCUAAACCAGCAACGACAUGAUCUAUUUCAUAACUUAGAUCUCGGUGCUGGUGAGCAGCUCAAGCUUGAUUUUCUGCUUGAUCCCUCGCAUCGUGUGAAUAAGAUGCAGACUGGUGUCAAUGGGGCACAAGACACACCGGGACGUCAGCAUCUUCCUACGAAACAUGAUUGGAACGUCGGCUUGCUCCCGCCCCCUCGGAACCAUGCGACCGUCAACAGCGGACCGCACCAACACCAACAGCGUCGCAUAGAGUACGCUCCGCGGAAUGUAUUCCAACCGGUUGACUCGUCUUGGGUUGGUAACUCGGCCCCUAUCAAGAACGGCCCGUCGACCUGUCCUCUAGAUAGCCUGCUUCUUGAGUUCCUACAAGAGAGACGUCAACGGGCCGCAGAGGGCGUUCCUACGCGAGACAUAAUCGGCCCGAGAUAUCCCUCCGUCUCAUCCCUACUCAACCCAGCCAAUAGCGUAUUCUCUCACCCACUCUCCAAGGUCUUUACAGACAUAUUGGCGGCCUUUCCAGGGAUUAGCGGGCUUCCGGAGCGCGUAGCUGUGCUCUACUACAUGUUUCUCGUCAUGCGGUGGCAAGUCAGCCCUACGCAAGAGAACUACGACCUCUUACCCUCUUUUGCGCUCCCCACGCCGGCACAGCUACAAGUUACCCAUCCGGCGUGGAUAGACCAUCUCCCCUUCCCACACAUGCGGGAGAAGCUCGCAAAGGAGUAUAAUCCCGUAGAGUUUCUAUUCGAUAACUUUUUCAUUCCGUUCACAACCACCAUCUCCCUCAACUGGCCGUAUGAGGCCACAGACACGCUACUCCAGAGCCCGGACGGUAACGAAUUGCUGAUCAACCCCGUGUUCGAACGUCACCUGAGGAGAUUCGAGAACUGGACGCUGGGCGAGCCUUUCGAUAAGGCGUUCCCCCGUCUCAGGGGCACGUAUAAUCUCAAAAGAUGUACUAGCGCCCCGAGGGAUAUGGCGGAUGGCCAGUUUAGCGGUGGGUAAUUUGGUAUAUCUAUAUAUUAUCUAUAUAUAUAUCAAUAUACAUGAACCUAUAUAAGAAAGUUAGCACAGGUUUAGCCCGGCCAUGCUAUACGCAACACGUAAAAGAGGGGUUUAUAUAUACUACCUCUCACGGGGAUAGUACAGCAAGUAUCGGGACCCUGCUAUUCCCGAGAAGGUUUAGUUGUAAUUACAUAACGGUAGAUUGGGCAGAACUAAUAGAAGAGGCCUAAGGGAUGUCUUUGGGCAAGGAGAUGUAUAAGGUAGAAUGUUAUGGGGGGUAUAAGAAGUUGUUCAUCUAUCCACCUAUAUAAUGCGAGUAUAUGUAUAUAGCUCGUGGCUCAGUAUUCAAUGUAAUAACAUAGUGUUUGAUAACAUCGUUGUCUCCUGAGGAGCUAUAGUAUGAAGAGUAUAAAUGAAUCUAUAUCGUAUUAGUUAGUCUAUGAGCCUAGCCUUCAC